AUGGCUACAAUAAGAAUGUCACAAUCAUUAUUGGCCCUCCUUGUAGUACUUGUUUCCAUGGAAGCAGUGUCCCUUGUUCUGGGCCAAGGCAAUGGAAAUGGCAACGGCAACGGCAACAGCGGAAACGGCAAUAGUCCUAGCGGAAACAGUGGCAAUGGCAAUAGUGGCAACGGCAACGGCAACGGAAAUGGGAAUAAUGGGAGUGUGAAUGCCAAUGACGACGAACCUGAUAAAACUGCUACUUCCCACUACGAUGAAUUGACACCGUUAGCAUCUGGACAGGAGAGAGGCUUCUGCAAAGCAAAGGGUGCCUGCUAUUACAAGACUCUUGUGUGUCCACCAGAAUGCCCUCAGAGAAAGCCAAAGAAGAACAAGAAGAACAAGGGUUGUUUCAUCAACUGCGGCAGCAAAUGUGAAGUCACUUGCAAGUAUAGGAGAUCCAACUGUAAUGGGUAUGGUUCUCUCUGCUAUGAUCCAAGGUUUGUAGGUGGUGAUGGUAUAAUGUUCUACUUCCACGGAGCCAAAGGAGGAAACUUUGCCAUUGUUUCAGAUAACAACCUUCAAAUCAAUGCACACUUCAUUGGAACUCGACCAACAGGAAGGACUCGUGAUUACACGUGGGUUCAAGCUUUCUCAGUCAUGUUCGACAGUCAUACCCUAGUUAUUGCAGCAAAGAGGACCUCAGAGUGGGAUGCCAAGGUUGACGCACUCAUGGUGAAGUGGGAUGGUGAGUCAGUUUCCAUCCCUACCGAUGGAGAAGCCGAAUGGAGGAUCAUGGCCGAAGGAAGAGAAGUUAUAGUUGAAAGAACCGAUGAUUCAAACAACGUAAGAGUUACAGUUUCAGGGCUGGUAGAGAUGGAUAUAAGGGUCAGGCCUAUUGGAGCUAUGGAAAACAAGGUUCACAAUUACCAGAUACCUGCAGGGGAUUCUUUUGCUCACUUAGAGACACAAUUCAGGUUUUCCAACUUGUCUGAUCUUGUGGAAGGAGUUUUGGGAAAGACUUACAGGCCAGGCUAUGUUAGUCCAGUAAAGGUUGGAGUUCUGAUGCCAAUGAUGGGCGGAGAGGACAAGUAUGAAACUCCAUCACUCUUUUCACCCAUCUGCAAGGUCUGCAGGUUCCAAAGGCAAUCUGGACUUGCUCAAUUCUGAUAAAUUUGAUCAAAAGAAAUAAUGUUUUUCUGGUUUUUAAGAAUCAUAUGUUCAUUUCAUGUGUAUCUGGGUU